CCAUUGCCACGGAUCUAGACGGUUUCAUAAGAUCCGAGUCCGUCACUCUUCCUCCUGGCCACGGAUUUGGACGGUUUCAACGGAUCCCGAGUGCUCCCUGAAGAACUGAAACCGAAGAGAGUAAGGAACGAUGGAGGGAGAACAGAUAGGCGUAGUUCUCUCUCGAGCUUCUGAGCUUCGGUUGAAGAUCAACAAUUGUAUCGAUAAAGCAAGGACCCGCGACAUUGACGGUGAAGUUGAAGAUGAUCAUUCCGCCGAAGAAGACGGAGAAGCUGAAGAUGACGACGGUAGCCUUUCCAGCAUUCGCGAUGCUCUCGAAUCUCUCGAGGAGCAGCUUGUUUCCUUGCAGGCUUUGCAACAACAACAACGAUACGAAAGGGAAGCAACUCUAUCAGAGAUUGAUCACAGUCGUGAGGUUUUACUAAAGAAGCUCAAGGAGUACAAAGGGGAGGACCUAGAAGUGAUUCAUGGGGUCACUGCCUUUGCUAGUGAGGCAGUUGAGCAGAAUGAUGAUCUCCUUCUUCCUCCCUAUCCAAGCGGACCUCCAGAUUCCUUGGUCUUCAAUAAUGUUUAUUCUUCACCCUUCCCUUCUGCAAGGAAGUUUACUCGAAAUGGGGUCAUUACUGGUGAGCCCAUCCCUGAGGCCAGGAAAGGCAUGGAUGAAUUAGGUGGAAAUCAAACUCAAAAACCUCCGAGAAGCUCACCAACAGGGUUGAAACUUGUCCUUGAUGUGGCUGCUAAAACUGUCCUUACCAUUGUUGGGGUGAUCUCUGUUCUGAACUUGGCUGGUUUUGAACCCAGGCUUACAAGAAGGAGCAUUCAAUUAAGGAUUCUGGAUCUGCUUCCGAGGGCAGCAACAGAGGACAAAAGAGAGGAGAUUCAGUGCCCACCUGGGAAAGUUCUGGUUAUAGAAGAUGGGGAACCUCGUUGCCUUGUGAAAGAGAGGAUUGAAAUUCCAUUCGAGCCUGUUAUCAUGAAUCCAAAUGUAAAUUAUGGUUGUGGAUAAGAAGGCAAAUCUGUUUCAUCCCCUCUUGUGAAUAUUAGGAGAAAGUGGUGUUUGUUUUUUGUUAACAGAAAUUAAUGUUUUGCCUAUCAAUAAUCAUGUGUUCGUUAAAGAGUAACUGUGAAUGUAAUUUCAAAUUUGAAAUUGAAGGAGUUUUUCACCUA